AUGGCAAGGCUCGGGUCUUGCCGGACUCAAAUUCUCGCCAUGCAUUUGACUUCUGCCUUACGAGCCUCCUGGCAGCCUGACACUCUACGCUAUGUAGACCGAAGUGAAGUAAAAGCCUCAUACUGGAAAAAUGGGCGAAUGUCUCCCGGCCUUCUACGUGCCCGACGCCAAUUCCGCACCAAGAACACUUUCGGCGGCGUCGUCCUCCUCACCUUCGUCGCUGGUGUCUUCGCAUAUUCCAUCGCUGCUGUGAAACAGGACGUGUUCGACGACCUAGACGAUGAAGUGAAGACACGCGCCCUUCAGGAAGCACCGCGGGUCGUGUUGUCGGCUGAGGACGAAAAACGGGUCAUGCAGGCUGCUACGAGUGCUGCAACGAAGGGUCCGACGUUAAGGAAGCCUCGAGCGGAUGGGGAUCUCGCUGUUGCUUCGGCGGGGGCGGACGCUAGUGCGGCUGCUGCUGCUGCGUCUCCGCGCGGAGUGGUCGCCGCAUUCCUAGCGAAACGAUAUCCGACGCUAUUGGAUCCGACCAGCCACACCAUUGUAUGGGGCGCACCGCCAGUCGAUCGGAUAGGUAGUGUAGGAGACAAGAUGCCAUAGGCGAUCGUCCCUGUACUAGGAUCUUCUAUGACUUCAGCUCUGGGGCUGGAUCGUGGCUGCUCUUGACCUCAAGUGCUGGCUUCCUACCAAUGCUCUCCUCGGUCCCGUCUAGACUGUUUCGCAUUCUAAGAGUGCUCUGGGGUUGAAAUGUGCCCAGAUGAGCCUCGGUCCGACUGAUUCGCGCGCGACUUGCUCAAUGGGCCAUGCUCGAACGAACGAAACGACCAACCAUGGUCUUCGUCGUGAAUGCGCUGAUAGAAUCUUCAAUGUCGUCUGCAGACAUUGCGCUGUUAUCAUUGCCGAUCUAUUUGCGACUACAAUGCCACUGUGAACAACUAGAAAGCGUCGGCUCCGCCGACAUUCUGCCUUGCUAUUUGAUAUCAAAAUUAAUUCUAAUUUUUUCUUUGAUAUGGGCAACUACGACGGGUCGAACUCGAGACCGACAGGAAAAACACGGAGAGGAACGGAACAGCGGGGGAAGCCGGGUCCGACGAAAUCGAGCCAAUUAUGAGGGUGGAGAAGCCUUGACAAGCAAGGCAAUUAAGCUUGCGACAGCCAACCUCCUCGUUCUGCCUGGUCUUAUGUCCCUACAUGUCGCUUGACGCACAAUGAUGCUAUCAGUAUUCACGGGCCCUGCUGCCUGGCCACAGCAGAAGCUGUAAGUACCAAGAAAUCAACCAGUGUUCCUCUAUCCGCUGUUCAGCGGUCUUGAGCGCCGGGCCAAUUCGAAUCCAUUUAACUGGCAUCUGCCAAAAUGAGUGAUAGUCUCUCAGAGUUGCACUCGGGUCGGUCAACUUC